UCCAUUCUGAUGAGAAGAAGCAAUCAACAUAUUAUGGCUUCCUCACAGAAGUAUGUUCUUGGUGUUUUAGUUUUGGCCAUAAUCCAAUGGAAAGCCAUUGCAAGCUCCCAUGAGCACCUCCAACACCUGAAAUCCCUUCACUUCUCACUGUUUCAACAUGAGACCAUAAACAAAACAGCUUAUAUCAUAGUGGAUGGUAUAAAAGGAGGAGCAGCACUGAGUCAAACCACAACCCCUUUUGGCACCUUGGUUGCUUUCCAGGACCCUUUGACAGUUGCAGCCAACAGAUCCUCCAAACUGGUUGGGAUCUCAGAAGGAGCUGCAGUCACAUCUAGUCUUGACGGCCUUCGAAGCAUUUCAAUUGCAAAGCUAACUCUUCGUUUGAAGCACCACAAGGGCUCCCUUUCUGUUGUUGGCGUCAUGGAUAGCAUCAAAUCCUCCAAUCUUCCAGUCGUAGGAGGCACUGAAGAUUUCUUGUUUGUGCAAGGCCAUGUUACGUCUUCUCUUGUUGAUCUUACGGGUAUCACCGUUGUUUAUAAGAUUCAAUUUCAUCUUUACUGGCCUCCGUAUGCAACUCCAUCCUCGUGAGGAUUCCAUCGAAAUUCUUCUUCAAGGUCAUGUCAGUCCUUAUGGGCUCUAUCAAUUUUGCAAUCUGUCUCUUCCCUCAGCUAAAUUUUUGUCCCACUUUCCUUGUAUGAACAACUCUUCCAUAUACUGGCAUCUUACAUUAGGACAUCCUAGUUCAAAUGUCCUUUGUCUUGUCUUUCAACAAUAUAAUAUCAA